CGUCCCGAGGCGCUCAGCGCAGCUGGAGGCGGGCACUGGACGCUUCGGUCGGGCCCCACCAGGCGGAAAGGUCAGUGCGCGCUCUAAUCUACAGACACUGUGCGACGUGGACGCGGCUAGGAUUUUCAGUUUCACGUCACUAGAGGCAUGCUUCACAUUCUUUCAACGCUCUUGUUGUUAUCAUUACCACAACAACUUCUCACUCCGCUAUCCGGCUUCGAGGAGUGCGCGACCAUUUAGUGUUUGGAAAAAUGAGAUGCAAGGAAGGAGGUGCAACUACAUAACGCCACUACAUCUUUAGUGGGUAGCUGCUAAGAGAAAAUCAGUUAUAAAUGACGCUAAAGGUGAGCAGUCGUGGUACAUAUUUCACGCGGACACGUAGCAAACGCACGGUGUUGUGAGGCGGUUGUGGAGCUCCUACGGGGCGCGCGGAUAGUUGCUGCCCGCCAUGGCGACCCUGGCAUGGCCGGUGUGUGACGUCAGCUGGGUGACCGCCGCGCUGUCGGCGCUCGCCUUGACGCUGCUCGUGGUCGGAGCCCACGUGGCCCACAACUACUGGCGCCGCAUGGGCGUCAUGCAGGCGAGGUCGCUCCUCUUCCUCGGCCACGCCGGGGACCUGCUGCUGGGCACGAGGAACCUGUGUGACGUCAUGGAUGACGUGUACCACCAGCUGGAAGGACACCCGUACGGCGGCUUCUACAUGCUGGACAGACCGUGUCUCAUGCUGCGAGACCCCGAUCUCAUCUGGAAAAUGAAACAGGACUCCGAACAUUACUCCCGAAGGGCCGUGAAGGUGCAGAUGAAAGGCAUCCGCGUGGACCCCAUCUCGAAGCACCUGUUCGACGUCGACGACGAGCGGUGGCGCGAGGUGAUGCGGCUGUACGUGAAGGGCUUCUCGCCGGCCAGGACGGAGCGGCUGUCCUGCUGGCUGGAGCAGUGCGGCCGCGCCGUGCAGCGCGCCCUCUCCAGGAGGAUCCAGGGCGUCGGCUGGAGGGACGUCGACCUGCUGGCCGUCUGCUCGCGCUUCGCCACCGACUCCAUCGGCUGCUGCGCCUUCGGCAUCGAAUGUGGCGCCAUCGACGACCCGCGCUCCACGUACCUCCAGCUGGCCCUCAAGCGGGAUUUUGUUACCCAAGCUCGUUUUGAAGAAGACGAAUUUCCAUACUUGUUAGCAUCUUGCAGUGGGCAUAAUGUUGCGACGAUCGACGACUCGUAG